AGGCAAAGACUCCAGAGGCCACACAUCACAUGAUCACGGCGCGGCGCCUUCUCCUCCACCUCGCCGCGUUCCCAUUUCCCAAUCGUGCAGCCCCCAUUCCAUUCGCCACCCCAAGAUCGAAGCCGUCCCCGACCAACGCAGUCGGGAAUCCCUCCGGCGAUCCCGCCCUCCUUUCCGCUGCCGACGCGCUCCGGGAGUUCCAGCUUGCAGAGCCCACCUAAUUGCUGGGAAAUGGAUAGAGGGCAGAACGCAAGGAACAACUUCUUCGGUGGCAGGGACCCAUUUGCUGGGUUUGGUGGCUUCGGUCCCCAAAGGAGCUUGAUUUCUGGCUUCUUUGGAGGGAGGGAUCCAUUUGAUGAUCCGUUCUUUACCCAGCCAUUUGGGGGUCGGAUCGGUGGCCCUGGCAUGUUCGGGCCUAGUCUUUUCGGACCGAUGGGAGGGCCGUUCGGAGACAUGAGAAACGAUGGAUUCAUCGCGCAAGCUCCUCUGAGGAGUAGCGGCAGGGAGCCUGUCAUUACAGAGCUUGAUGAGGAGGAAGGAGAAAAUGCAGAGGGCGGUAACGAGCAGUCGAUCCAUGAUUCUUAUGUUCAGGAGCCGGACGAUGGGAUGGAAGGGGGCCAGGUCCAGCUGCGAAGGGAUUUCAAUAGGGCUAAUGAAGGGCAGUCGCAAGCUCGUACUUUCACAUAUCAGAGCUCUUCUGUGACUUAUGGUGGUAUUGAUGGAGCUUACUACACCGCUUCAAAGACUAGGAGGACUGGUAGUGAUGGAAUUACUGUGGAAGAAAGCAAGGAAGCAGAUACAACAACAAAAGAGGCCGCUCAUAGAAUCUCCCGAGGAAUUCGUGACAAGGGCCAUUCCCUGACAAGGAAGCUGAAUUCAGAUGGGAAGGUUGACACCACGCAGAUAUUGCACAAUCUAAACGAGGAUGAACUAGCUGGAUUUGAGGAAUCAUGGAAGGGGAAUGCUGGACAUCACUUGCCUGGCUGGAAUCAAAAUGCUGGUGCACCUAAUAAUGAUAAUUCUGAUAACCGUGGCUCCAGUAGACGUGGCCGACGACCUGCACGGGGUUGGGCGCUUCCUGGAAGAGAGCAAGCCCGUGAUUCAAGCAGCAAUGGAAAGCCGAAAUCACGAGUCAUCCCAAUCUCCUGAAGAGAGUAUCUUAUAGCAUCCACGGGGUAAAUAAAUAAACUGCUGGUUUGUGGAAGCAGCAAGGUUUAGGUCCAAGUUCGUUUCAAGGAAAUGGUCUAGGUCCCAAGGAAUCGAGUCCUGAAGGUCCAGACGUGCCCAGUGCCUGAUGUUGUGGAGGGGGUAUCUCUAGUUGUGUAGUACAUUUUGAUCUCUGAAACAAUUUGGUACCCAUGUUUUGUAUUGAACGAUGGCUCAUCGACUUUAUUGCUAUCUUACGGUAAAAGCAUCGUGUAUAUUGGAAACCUGAUUAUGUGUUUGCUUUC